CGUCUGUAGUGCUCUUGGAUGAUCUCAGAUUUCAUUCUUUGACUAGUCUGACAUUUGAUUACUGUGAAUAAAGAGAAGAGACUUUAUUUUUGAACGAAAGCCUCUGUUGAAAUAGAAUCUUCAACUUCGAGGAACUGCCAAGCUCUCUCGCACGUCCCGAGGGAGCCUGACGCGGCCCAAGGAAUAUCAACAGAACAGCUUUCAUAGCGGAGACGCCGCCCGCAGCAGCUGCCUCCGCGCCCCCCAAACCUCGGGCGAUGUAGGGCGUGUGGAAGCCCUCGAAUCCCCCGAAAGGAAGGAGAAGGAGGAAGCCCAGCGCCGAGGAGGAGGAGGGCGACGCGGCGGACAUGAGGAGGAACGCCACCUUCCGCUUCCCGGCGCGGGACCACUACCUGCCGGAAGAGGUCAACUUUUGGACGAUGGCUAUUGUGGCAGUUGGUACGGGCUUCAUCUUCACCGUCGCCGUCUCCAUCUACCUCAUUUGCCAGACGCGGCUGGAGCGGCCCCUCCCGGUGCGGCACCAGCGGACCGUGCGCCACAUCAGCCAGGGGCCCGACGCCUUCCCGCUGCCGCACGACACCCACAACCUGCGCGCCCCUUUGCACUGCCUCCACGCCCCCUCCGCCCUCCCACGCGGCUUGGACGACCCCGAGUAGAUCUCAUCAGCGCCCGCAGCCCUUCCCCGCCACUUCAACCGCAAGCGAGUUUUGGUGAGCAAGUCCCAUCAAGAUGUCUCGCUCAGAAGAGAUCAAAGACAUCCCACCAACGGCACUGACUUGAGAUUUCUGCUUUGGUGCUUCUCGAGACAUUUUUCCCAUUAAAGAUGUGUUGCAGAAAGUCCUCAAGAUUAUUAAGCAGCCAAACGAAGAGCCGUUUAAUGCCAAAUCAAAAAGAAGAAGGAGAAGAAAAAAAGAUAGAAGUGCAGAUCAGAAUCAUCUUAAAUAGCCUCACAUGAAGAAGCAGCAUCACCCUCAUAUGUAUUCGUGAAUAUAAACAUUAA